AUGCGGAACCCGAUUGUAUAUCUCCAUACCCUAAGCAAGGAAGAUUUGGGAGCACUCACCCAUGUACUCUCUCGUCGACCCGACUAUGGCAUCGCUCGUCCCUCACCGAAAUGGUUGAACCGACAGGAGCAGAAAAUUGAGAAAUUACCCAAAUCUCUCCUGAGAACCAAGAAUGUGUUGCAACGCUUGACAAUAAGUUUUGCUGAACGCAUUGACGAGCGGCAGAAGCAGAAGAACGAACAGCAAGGCCAGGACCAAGACGACAGAGACUUCCUGUUGCCACCCAGCGCUAUCCUUUGCGAAUCUCACAAGGGCUUCAACCCGUUCCUGAUCCGGGAUAUUUUCCUAUACCUGUUGAAUGAAUGUGCCGGUGAUUUCAGCAAUGCACUACGGCUCUGGGCUGGUAAGAGCCCGGCACUCGCUGCGAUGCUAACUCGAAUUGACUCCAUCAACGCUCUGUGGAUGAGCAGGGAGGUCUUCGAGGCGACCUUCGGAGCAGCACCGCACGAUGACCGCUUUGUGAGAGUUCACAGCAACUGCGAGGCCUGCAUCCUCGCUGCCAUUGGCGCGAACGGUCGCAUUCUGGCCGACCUCCACGCCUGGCUUACAGUUCGUAGGGAAGCCAAUAAGCGAUUCAACCAAGAGUCGAAGAAGCGAGGAUCAAGGAGACGCAGGCACUCGCCUCGUCUAUAUCGCGUGGUAUCUGCAUGGAUCGGGCAUCUGAAGUAUGACGACGCAGACGAAGUCCUUCGAUGGAGCAACCAGCUGACCGUCGACCUCCGAAAAGUGUGGGAAGCUAUCGAGUUGGUCAGGGACCGACAGAAGAAACAAUGGCACAAGUCACAUAAAGAAGUUCGCAUCGAUAGAGACGGCUCAAAGCAGACAGUCAAUGAAGUGCAGGGACGCCAUCUCACUCGUGAUGGCAUACCCCUGCCACACGCUGAUCCCGAAGCAACCGUACUGCAGCGCAACAUGGCCAGCAUGCACAAGAACUUCGAUGCCAUGAGUGUCUACCAUCCGGAUAUUUUAAUCAACGGAGGCGAUCAACCACGCCCAGGAGCCCCUGAGCCUGGGAGACAGAGCGGUGUCCCCAGCGUUGAACGGCCUCGCGAAUCUUUCCUCAACCGUUUCGAGCGCGAGAUGCCCCUUCCAACGGGUAACGAUGAAGAAUAUGAUGAGACCAACGAGCAAGAGGCAAACGAGAGAGACCCUGCAGCCGAGGCGCGCAGCAUUGAGCAUGUGAUGGACUGGUAUGGGAAGAUGGCUAUGAACCAGACGAGAACCAAUCUGGAUGACAUAGACCCCAGGGAAAUCCAUCCUGCCUUUCAGCGCCAGGCGACAGCCGCCUCCGCGAUGCCCUCGCCACUGCGCUUGGGCAACAAUCGUGCAUCGUACACGCCUCCACGUGCCGGGUGGACCGGACGGCAAAGCGUCCAGUCGGUGUGGACGGAUGUCAGCAUCUACACAACAAACGAUGCUGAUGAUGUCGACAGCGCCCCGCCUAUGCCUUCGAUUCCCGCCCAAUACCGGCAUGAGGCCUCCGGCUCGGGCGACAGGACGCCCACCGGGACAACAGCCGCGAACUCGUCGGGACCUCGCGAAGCAAAUACCUAUGCGAUGCCUGGCGGUACCCAUCAUAGAGUCUCGUCCAGCGGCCAUGGUGUGGACGUCGACCGUGACGAUACUUUCUCCUCGCACGACCCGACCCGCGCUCCUCGCCUCGAUGCGUACAGGCGGGAUCCCCCACCCCCGCCGCAGACGAAAGACGGUCGCCGCAAGUACCUUUUCAAGGACGAUGACUCGGAGGUCGCCUCGCGGCUCACCGCCACGAACCGGAAGUAUCUCAAAGCCCACCGGGGCUUCAAGGAUGUCCCUCCUGAGAAUAACCCCUUUGUUCGCAAGGAGAGCGUGCGGCGCCGGCAUCAGGAGCAGAGCCCCACAAGCCCCAGGUCAGGCACGCCGAGGAACGAAGGCUACGCGGCGCUCAAUCGCGAGGCCGAGGGGCGGCAACACCGUGCGUAUGUCCGGGAUGAGUACGACGACGGGCCUCCGACGCCCAGAGCCGCGGCAGCGCCUGGCAACGGAAAUCAUCCCCAGGCCGCCCCGGGGAACGCGGGGACGCCGAUCAACCGGAGGGACCUCGACGCCGAGGAGGCCGAGUGGAGGCAUCGGUUUAAGGGGGCUGAUGAUGUGCGGCCCGAUGACUCGGCAUCGAACGUCAUGUGGAGGAAGCGCGGCAGCGACGAUAUUACCACGCUUGGUCAUUUCUUGGAGCAGGGCGGUGAUGGUGGAAGACGGCGCUGA